AUGGAAGCUGAAAAGGUUAAAUUAUGGUUAGAUUGUGAUGUUGGGAAUGAUGAUGCAAUGGCAGUUAUUUUAUCAUUGUUUCAUCCAAAAUCAAAUCUACUUGGAAUUUCCACAUGUUUUGGAAACACAAGUCUUGAAAACUGCACAAAUAACACUAUUCGUAUACUGAGUUCACUAGGACGAACUGAUAUACCUGUGUUUAAAGGAGCUGAAUUUUCAUUAAAAUCGACAAGAGCUACAACUAAAAUGCACGGGACAUAAGGGUUGUACUCGGUUGAUAAAUUAAUUUCUUCCUUCAAGCCCUUAGAAGACAUAGAAUUAUAUGAUCUUAUUAAAUAAACUGCAGGGGAUUAACAAUUUACAAUUGUCAUAACAGGUCCAUAGACUAACAUUGCCAAGUUACUUCGUGAUCACGAGGACAUUAUACCAUAAAUUUCAGAGAUUGUGUUUAUGGGUGGAACAUCGGGAUUUGGGAAUGUGACACCUAAUUCUGAAUACAAUAUCUAUUCAGACCCUGAGGCUGCCCAAUUUGUGAUUGAUGUAUGCAAAUAGCAUUCAUUGAAAUUAGUUAUGAUUUCAUUAGAUCUAACAUACACAUGUUAAUUAUUAGAGCCCCUUUAACAAAGAAUUAAAAGCAUAAACACAAAGUUUUCCGAUUGGUGUUUGGAAAUGCUCUAAGAAUAUUAAGCAGCAUACAAGGCAUAAGAAUUUGAUUUCCCUCCAAUUCAUGAUCCUGUUGCUGUGUUUUAUGCAUUACAUCCAGAAUUAUAUGUAAUAAAACCUGUUUAUUGCGCAGUCGAUUGUGAUUCUAAAUUGUGUUAUGGAAGAACUAUAAUUGAUAAAUAGGGGAUUCUUGGAUAGGAGCCAACUAUAUAGUUUGCAAGAAAAGUAGUUGUUGAUGAAUUUUGGAACUAAAUGAUUGACGCCAUUCAAGUUGCUGCAAAGAAUUCAAAAAUUGAAUGA